AUGGAUACUUUGCUGCCAGCCCUCAACAUCCACGACACCAGCCUGCCGGCAGAGAGGCAGCAGUGUGUUCUUGCGGCCUCAAAGGCAGCCAAGGCCCAGAAGGGCAGGGGUCAGGUCUGUCCGAGGGACGACGGGAUGAGGGACCCCAAGACUGCCUUCGACGAAGCAAAGAGCCGCUGUGGCGUGCCGAGGCCUACUGAGGCCCAGUACCUGGGCCAGCUGGUACUGACCUUCGGCCGCUACACCGGCCGGACCUUUAAGUGGCUGGUCGAGAACGACGUGGGCUACGUCAAGUAUCUCGUUGACCGCCACGUAAAAGAGAGCCAGCGGCCGGAGAAGCGUGGGAUCAAUGAGGAGUGGCUGAAAGACAGCCUCCUCAAGUAUGUGGAGCUUUUUCCACCUAUCUCCUGCCACCUCGAGAGGAACGUAGACAGGGCCAUUUACGGCAUGGGCCGUUUCCGGUCGUUUACGUUCCUCGAGAUGUGGCAGUGGUACAAGUGCCACAUAGCGGACCCCAAAGCCGGCAGCGAGCAGGAGCGGAGGAUGGCGCAGGAGGCCCACACCUCAGUCAAGCAGUGGCUGCUGAUGCGGGAGAGUGACAUCACCUCGAAGUCACUCAAACGCUUCAGACAGUAUAUACUUGACAAAGAGAACGCCACUCCUCCUGCUGCCGCCGCCGCCACUUCAAGGGCCCCUGCAGCAGCUGCCACCUCCCACGUGCCGUGGUCCGACGACGCUCCGGACGACACUGCUCUGGUGGAUGCCCUCGCCACCUUCGAGAGCCAUGGAGAGCCCAUCUCCACCAGCCAGCCUCCUGUGUCCGCCGGGGGUCCCGAACAGCCGCCGCCACUCUCCACCAACGUGCCAGCUUCUCCAGAGAAGUCUGCCAGCAAGCAGCAGAAGCCCCUGCAGAAGCCCCUGCCGUCCUCGCCGCCCUCCACCAGGCUGUGA